UUUCAUUUUACAAGUAUGUACCUACCUAUAUUUAGCUAUUUGAGGAGGAAAACUGAUCAAGCAAACACCUUGUUCCAGAAACUUCACGAUGGUGUCGGUGGUGGAAACGGUGUGACCACGGUGAGGACCAUCCAGGCUGCUCUCCUGGUGGUCACAGGCCUCCAGCUCACCGGGUACAAAUGGCCUGAGUCUACUUCUGUGUCCAGUGGAGCCACUUACGACUUCAUCAUAGUGGGUGCUGGUACUGGAGGCAGUGUCAUCGCCAACCGGCUGACAGAGGUGUCAAACAUCAACGUCCUUCUCAUUGAGGCUGGUGGCGACCCGCCAUUAGAAUCUGUGCUUCCAGGUAUUUUCCCUACUAUACCUUACAGUGCUGUUGACUACAACUUCACGUCUGAGAACGAUGGCUACACUUCCCAAAACCUGAAGGAUGGCGUCGCCGGCCUGACUGCAGGAAAGAUGCUUGGGGGCAGCAGCAGCCUGCACCACAUGAUACACGUCCGCGGCAACCCUAACGACUACCAAAAAUGGGCAACAGCUGCUGGAGACGAUAUCUGGAACUACUGGAACCUUCUCCCCUACUUCAUGAGGAGCGAAAAAGUUGAAGACGCCGAUAUCUUAGCUGAUGAUACUCAAUCUCAAUACGUAGGAACAGACGGAUACUUAAGACUGACCAGGCAAACGAGUGAGCUGAAUUAUCCGAUAUAUGCUGCAUUAAAUGAAAUGGGACUCAGCACAGUAUUGAACUCCAAUGAUCCAUUCUUCACCCUCGGCGUCUCAGAGCCCCUGCUUAAUGUCGCUGAUGGUUACCGUCAGAGCGGAGCUGAAGGAUACUUGCGACCGCUCGCCGCUCGCUCGAAUUUCCAUCUCCUCAAAAACACUCAAGUCACCAAAGUUUUGUUUGAUGAUGACAACAACGCCAUGGGAGUGGAAGCAAUCAAUUCCGAUGGAGACACAAUCACCAUCUACUCUAAUCUCGAAGUAAUUUUAACGGCCGGCGCAUUAGUCACUCCUCAGCUACUCAUGCUGUCGGGCAUCGGUCCCAGUGACCAUUUGGCCGAAUUCAACAUUCCUAUCAUCUCAGACUUGCCUGUUGGGCAGAAUCUGCAGGAUCACAUCCCUGCGGUAGUCGUGCAUACUCUACAAUCCGGUGAUGAGGUGACCAGCCCAGCUAACCCUCACGACUUCCCCGUGCCAACGACUACCGCAUACCACGCGCUGAACAUGAGCCAGUCCUACCCCGACUACCAAACAAUCAAUUUGAUCUUUCCACCAGACUCGACUGCGUUGAUUCAGUUCUGUUCCCUGGUAUUCUCUUACGUGGACGAUGUCUGCCAGGCACUUUACGACGGUGGAAGUGGCAAGUACACCCUUUUCACAGUUCACAACAUGUUGUACGCUGAAUCUCGAGGACAGGUCCUGCUCCGAAGCGCAGACCCCACUGACAAACCCAGAAUAAUUCACGGUAUCUACUCCAACGAGGCCGAUCUGGAAAACAUGGCUCUGUACCUUCAAGACUUCGCCAGAAUCGUCAACAUGACCAGUUUCCUUAACGUGAGCGCUGCUAUGAUUGACUUGGAGUUUGACGCUUGCAGCGACCUGGAGAAAUACUCUUACGACUACUGGAAGUGCUAUGCUCUUAGCAUGUCGGCGACUAUGUGGCAUUACAGCGGCUCCAGUUCGAUGGGGUCGGUUCUGGACAGCAAUUUGAGGGUCAAAGGAGUGCAGAGACUGAGGGUGGCCGAUGCCAGCGCCAUGCCGUACCCCAUCAGUGGGAACAUCAACGCUGGGGUUGUGGUUUUAGCCGAAAGAGCUUCGGACCUGAUUUUGGAGACUUAUGGUCCAUCUCCUAGACAUUAAUUGUAGGUUCUAAUCAUUUAUUUUAAAAUUGGUGCUAUGAUACUCAAAUGAUGUGAUGUAAUGAUGUUAUUAAAUAUUUUUUUAUAUUAAUACCUA